AUGGUCGAGUCCAUGUCAGGGGCUUACAUUGAGCGCCAGACACUAUGUAUGGCAGGCUCGGACCCAGGCGUCGCUACACAUGCCGGUGAAGAUGAUUUCGCCGUUCGACUUCGCCGAAAUUACAAAGCUGAUGAAAAUAACGUCGCCGAACGGUUGAUUCUUCUUAAAACAGAACUUUCGAAACUCGAGGGUGAAGCCUUCUGGACCAAGCUGAUGGUAGGAAUGACAGAAAUCUGUCAUGCUCAAUUCGCUUUCGUAUCGAAAAGGAUCUUAGUCGACGAUCACACAGUCGCUGUGGAGAUGCCAAAGAUUGGAGAACAAGGUGCCUGCCUCAUGGCUGUUGCGCUCUAUUACAACGACCACGAGGCAAAAAUAGCUAUGCAUCACGACUACAAGUAUUAUGCUUGGAGCUGUCCUUGUGCAUACAUGAAACACGACAAGGUAUUCCUCAUUGAAGACAAUCUUCACCAGUUCAUCCAGAACAACCCGAACCAGUUACCGUUUGAGGUAGAGUCAUAUCUUGGAGUCCCAUUAUUUGCCAAUGGGAAGUGUUAUGCGCACUUCGGAAUGAUGUGGACAAAAGAAGGACUGCUCCAAAAGCAGGGACUUUCUUGGGCUUUCAUUGAGUUAUUUAUGCAUUCUCUUGAGGACAUGAUCACAGAGAGGCUGUUAGCCGGGCAAGGGUUCGCAAAAUCAGCCGAACAAUUGCAGCAGGACUCACGAAAAGUCGUAAUACCACAAGCAGCCAUCACAGCCACACAAUCCCUCAAGCUCUAUGCACGAUCACUGUCCCACGAACUCAGAACCCCAAUGCAGGGUGUGGUGGGCAUGCUGGACCUAAUGUAUGCUACUGUUCAAGAGCAACUUGAAGGACAGAGCAACCACAAGGUUCGACAAAUAUUUCAGAUGCUGAAGAACAAUAUCGAAGUGGUGCAGGACAGCUCGAAACGUGCUGUAGAAGCUGCGGACAACGUGGUUCAAGCAUACGACUUGAACAUGCAGGUUCCAGAGACCCCUUCGUACGAACAUGAGGCGCCUAUUGCGAAUGCUAACGGUGGAAGCUACUUCGAUAUGAGGCCUACCAUGACCGACGGAAGCCAGAUCAUCAACCCGAACAAAAGAAAGAGAGAGGCAGCACCAAUAUCUGCUGCCGAGCCUGCCACCAAAUUGAGGAAUAUCGGCAAGUCACCAUCAAUCGUCACAUCACUACCAAGGUCACCAGUGCAUAGUACUAUUGAGGAAGAUGAUGUAUCGCCAAAACGUAAAUUACCGCCCCUGUUCGGAUCGAGUCUCACACCACAUAAGAUUCCAAUGCCAGCUAUUUCUGGUUUUCCUACAGAAGCAGACACCCCCGUUUCCACGCCUGGCUUCCGGCAAACGAAUAUCAGGGACGCGUUGCCCAUAAUUAUCAACGAUUCACUCCGAGUCGGUGGUCGACCCGACUUUGCUGUCUCAGAACCUACACCCCUGGGAGAGUGUAUCGAAGUGAGGUCACGAGACUCGAACGGCCAUGUUUCUUCCAAGAUUGUGAAGUGGAUGGUCGAGGCUGAUGUGCCACAGUAUCUGCCGAUCGAUGAGCGAGAUCUCCACAAGCUGAUUGGAGCUGUGUUCCUGAAUGCUCUGAAGUUCACCGACCAUGGCGAGAUCGUUGUUCGACUCAGUCUAAGUAGCAGUCAGCGGUAUGUUUUAGUCAACAUCAGCGACACUGGAUUUGGCAUACCAGAGGCUUUCCAACCCGAGCUAUUUAAAGCAUUCUCCAAGGAAGACGACAGGAUCACAAGGACAACUGAGGGACUUGGAUUAGGAUUAAUGGUUGCUAAAGGGCUGUCACGGAAGAUCGGUGGCGAUUUACAUUUGGUUAGAUCUGCAGUGGAAGGACCUAACCGUGGCUCAGAAUUCGAAAUGCGCCUACCUUUAGAAGCUUGUGAUCUUUACAGCCGUGCCAGCACACCCGCCGGACCCAGUAAGCGAAACGAUGAAUAUGCGCCUCGAUCUGUACCGCCGUUGACGAAAGAGAGCAAUGAGGACUCGCCGACUAGCAGUCUCCCUGAGGUUGCUACCACUGAACAAGCAAACGGGCAGAUCCCCAAAAAUGUAUCUAUCGCCGAAAGGAGGUCAAAGAGCCCCGCAACUAAGUCGAUCGAGACACCGAAUAUAUCCGCGAACGUUCCCAAGCCAAGCAUUCACAGAAGAGGAUCUUCUACGCUCAAAGUAAACAUCAAGCCGGAUCGACAACUCGCUUCGAAAUACCCUCUCACCUUCCUGGUCGCUGAGGACAAUAAGAUCAAUCGCAAACUGCUCGUGCAAAUGCUCAACACCUUAGGUUACAAGGACGUUCACGAAGCAUACGAUGGAAAAGAAGCAGUACGUAUCAUGGACAGGCUAAUGAAAGAACGCAGCGGGAAAAAGAGAAACUCGAGUUGUGCACCAGUUGACGUUAUCCUCAUGGACCUUUGGAUGCCCGAGCUAGAUGGAUAUCAGGCAACAGAACAGAUUCUGAAGAUGUUCAAACCUGAGCAUCACGUUGAUGGUUACGAGUCGUUGCCUGCUAUACCGCCUACGGUGCUAGCUGUCUCCGCCGAUGUCACAGACGACGCCAUCGAUCGUGCUACGAAGAUAGGCAUGGCAGGGUAUAUGAGCAAGCCGUUCAAAGUAUUGGAUUUGCAGAAGCUCAUCUUGGAGUUCUGCAUUGCUCGACUCGAGAGUAACUGCUGCGCAGCAGCUGUUUGA